CCGUUCUCAACGUUUUUGUCAAACGGGUGUGAAUACUUUUGAUGAAAAUGCCACUCUUGAAAUACGAUCUUCAUGCUGUAUUCGUUGCUUUGUCAACAGUAUUAUGUCCAAGUGGCUGGUUUAAAAACCUCAGGUCCUGUUACAAGCUUUCCGAGAACGUCCUGAAUUGGCAAGCAGCAAAGAAGGCCUGUGAAGACCUGAAUUCUACACUGGCUAUAAUUAGCUCAGAAGCCGAACAUCAAGCUCUUAAACCUUACAUAAGAAAAAAAGGGAAACUUACCUGGAUAGGCUUGCAGAGGAACCCCCGUGACAAAAAGCGCUGGUUGUGGGUGGAUGGAUCUCCACUCAACUACACUCACUGGGGUUACCGUGAACCCAACAAUAUUACGGAGGAGUGUGUAGAAAUACGUCCGUUUGGGUAUCACAACGGUGGAUGGAAUGACCAGGAAUGUUCUGAUAUAAUUCAUUACAUUUGCGAAAAAGGUAAGGAAGAAAGAGCCUGAUAUACACUGUACUAUGAAUUGCGCCGAAUUUGAUCUCCAAUUUAUUAAACCGCUAAUAAUAUCCGAUAUAUUUGUUUUGUUGAAUUAAAAGAUGUCGGUACCUUCAGUAAGUAAGUAGUAAGUAGUUUAUGAUACACGUAACAUCUAGGAACUAACAGUAAUAACUCGUUCGAACGUGUUCGUGAUAUACUAAACUAGAGUAAAAACCUUAAACUACAAAAGAUGUAAUAUCUUUUAGAUAAAAAAUUAUCAUCAUCAUAAAAAAAAACCUAUGAAAAAGAGCCAAAAUUUAACAUGAAUGUUCAGAAAAAGGCCACAAACCAUGAUAACAAAGAAUAAAAUAGAUUAAAGUCGAAUAAAGAUUCUAAAUUGAACUUUUGUGGAGCCUUUUUAAACACUUUGAGAUUAUGGGAGUUUAUAAUAUAUAAGGGUAGCUUAUCCCAUAUUUUGCUAGCUAUAAAUGAAAAGGACUCUGUGUAAAAAUGAGGCUGUACCAGAUUACCCCCUUACCCCUUAAAUUAUAACAUAAAUCCCUUUUAAGGGAUGUAUGUUUGGACCUAUUGAGUUAUAAUUUUUUUAUUAAGACAUUUCUAAAUCAACACCAGAGCUUGGUAAUAACGACGGUGUUUGAAAGUAUUCAUAAGCUUUCCUAGCCUUCAUUCUUAGACCUAAACAGAGUUCUUAAUAAGAUAUGAUAAUUAGCAUCCUCGAGUCCAUCGCUCUGCACCUUACCCAGACCAACAAAAACUGUAUCCCAGUAUUCUGAAUUUGAAACUAGAAACUUCUUAUACAGCAGACUCACACACAGGGCGUCGAGGGGGCGUCUACAGAGUGGCUUUGCGCGUUUAUCGCAAUAAUUAACACCUUCAGAAGCCUAUUUAAGGCUUGUGACACUUUUAAUGUUUUCCAAGUUUUCAUAAAGAUGGCUGACAGUCAUCGAAACUGGCGGUAUCAUUAAGACGUUAAGACUGGCUAUGUUUUGAGAACAUUUAAAUCGUUAUACUUGUAUGUUCAGCCAAGGAUCAUAGCUUGAGUCUAAGUGCUAUUCAUUGAGAGUAAACGUUGUCCAACCCAUUGAGACAACGUGGAUAAAGUCUCAUUGACCAUGAACUAGAGCUAGGGACGAAGCAUCAGAAUUGCAUCCGAUGGUGUCAUUGUCAUAUAGCCUUAGUGCCAUAUUCGGGGCACUGUAGUUCACGUCGUUUAUGUCUAUGUUAAAUAAUAAUGGGCCACGAAGAGUUCCCUGGGGGACACCUGCUUUGACCCAUUUCCAUUCAGAACAAAUACCCUCAAUCUCUACCCUUCGCGGCGACGUUCCUCUCAAAUACUCACGAAUUAAAUUGGUAGCAGUAGUUGAAAAACCGUGGGCUUUUAAUUUAGCCAACAAGAGAUUGUGCCUGACACUAAACGUAACGUAUUGAGAAACUCUUCCUCAUUUUCCCCUUUAGAUGUCAACGAGUGUGCUAGUAACCCGUGCAAAAAUGGAGCAACCUGUGCCAACACUGUCGAAGGAUUUAAUUGCACUUGUACUAAAGGAUUUCAAGGAGAAAUCUGUGAUAAGGGUAGGAGUUAUAAUUGUGUCGCUGAUUAGUAAGCCGUAGUAAUUAGGUACAAAUGGCGAAGAUAUAUUCCUUUGAACUAGGUGAGGAAUCUGUGGUUCACACCGAUGAAAGGUACACAGGAGAUUACACUGCUCACCAAUUUUUUCCAGUUCUUGAGUAAUUUAAUACUCUUUGGCUCUUUUACAAGGUCCUCACAAGCAAACAUCUCCUUGAUGCUUUAGAAUUCACAAUGUUUUUGCUACGGCGUCAAACUACGAACUAGAAAAAAAAAACAAAAAAACAAAAUGAGCAAAAUCUAAAAAAAUAAAGUUUUGUGACCGUCAAGUGCUACCAAGACAAAGAAAACAUAUUGUCUCAAUUAUAAGCAGCGGGAAAAGACACGACAAAGUCCAUGAACAAAAGGUUACAUAAUUUAAAUAUGCCAAAUGGGUGGAUGUUUAGGCCUUAAAAUUAGUGAGACGUUGACCAAGCAUUUGUGUAUAAUGAUAUAUGUCAAGAAUGAUAAAAAACGAGGGCCACCAAUAUGGAUGAUGUCAAAGCUAAGGGAGGUGGAGCAACAUUGACGACCACAAAAUGCUUCAGCCAAAUACGAUUAAUAAGCGCUCUUGAUAUAAUUUCCACUAUUUUAACAUUUCAGUUGUUGAUGAACAGCAUAUUGAUAUGUGCCAAGUACGAUUAAUAAGAGUUUAUGAUGAUGAUGAUGAUGAAGAUGAUAAUUUUUCAUACAAACAACUAAAGUUUACUAUAUUUCCUUUUCUUAUAGUAAUCAAGCCAAGCCAAGUCUCCCCAUAUUCAUCUUCGUCGUUAGCUGCCCAGGACCCAACAACGCAUAUUUCAACAAUUCCAAAUGUCGACCAUUUGCCUGCUACUUCUUCACCAUUUCGUAAGCACACGGUCUCUUCUCCUCUUCAACCGUCUGCAUUCCCGCCAUCGUCUUCUGACCGAAUGCAUAUGAUAAAAAAUAGAAUUGGCUCUCUUGUAGCAACAUGCCAUCUCUUAAGCAGUCUUACUAAUUUGGACAGAUAGAUAUUCCACUUUAAAUCGCUGCCAAGUCCUAACUGAUUUCACACUGUUCACAGUCUCUAGGGUCUGACUGUUAACACAGAUAGGGUCAAAAUCUGGCUCGUUCAGUUGAGAUCCAGUUUUAUAGCCCGAACUUGCUGAAUAAACCAUUUCUUCAAUAUUUACAUUGACUCACUGCCAUUCCUGAAUAUUUUCAUCCUCAGAUGCGUUGGAAUGCCCUCUGCAAUGGAAGAAUGGGGUAUUAUGGUUUGCUACUAGAAGAGGACAAACAGAUAUCAAACCUUGUCCAGAGGGAGCUACAGGUUAGGAAUGAGUUUUUAGAUCAUGAUAGCCAUGACAAACUAUCACUAUGAACUAAAAACCCAUGAAAAUCCUGUGAAUUAAUUCAUAGUAAAUUCACGUGAUUUUCAAAGGAUUUUAAUGGUAUUUUCAUGCGAAAUGUUAUAAGAUUUUUCGUGGCAUGUCACCCUGGAAAAAGCAUGAAAAAAAACAUUAAAAAAGCCAUUAAAAAACGCUUAAUCUUUCAGUUUUCAUGGGCCAUGAAAACCCUUAAGUUUUGGGCAAAUCCAUGAAAUACUCAUGAAAACACCAUGAAAAUUUUGGGUUGCUUUUCAUGGCCUUUUAAUGGCAUUGAAAAUGCCAUGUAUUACAAGGAAGGAUUUUCAUGGUGUUGUAGUUCAUGGUCUUUUCAUGAGGCCACUGAAUUCAUGGCCCAUGAAAAACCCAUGGUUUUUCCAUUAAUGUUGAAAGAUUAAUUGGCCAUGCAAAAUAUUCAUGGCUUUUUUGUGGCUUUUGGAAGACCCAUGAAAAUCAAUAGUUCAAUGGCCUUCUACUAUUUUCAUGGCGUAAACAAAAUAUAGCAUGGACCAUGAAACUACAUUAAAAGUACUUGACUGUUAACCAUUCUUUUCUGGCCCCCAAAUCAAAUUAAUUCAAGCUCACUAAUGGAAAAUUAAUGAUGAAAACACUUACUAAAUGCGUUGGAACGUAUACUGAACUUCAACAGGCAAUGUACAUGUAUCUUUGAUUGAUAUUGACUUUAUUCCACCCUUUCCAUGGCAUUAAAUAGACAACAAUAUUUUUUCCGGUAUCAUUUCAUAUUCAGACUUGCCAUCACAUGAAAAAGUUAAUAUUAAAAAUAUAUGGCUGUUUUUACUGCACAAGUUAUAUUCAACUUAAGAAUCUAAUAAUUUCCAAAAUCUUCAAAAUCUGCAAUAUUGCCAAAUAAGGAUUUCAAUAUUUUAAAAAUCCCUUAUAACCUCUUCCGAGAACAAUUCAAUUAAAUAUUUUUGCUUUCUUUCUACCUGGCAACUGUAUAAAUCUGGUAUCAGACAUAAAUCAUCAUCUAUUAAUUUCAAAAUUUUGAUCAUAAAUAAUUUCAUUUUGUCAUACAAAAUAUGUGGAAUAAGUUUUAAGAAAAUUUAACUAGAUAAGCAACUUUUAUCACUGCAAUAUCUUUACAACUGGAACAUUUUUGAUAAUAAAAUUCUUAUAUACACUUGAAGAAGCCUUGCCUAAUUCCAGCAUAUAAUUUACUAAGAAUCAUUACAUUAAUCACGGCUGGCUGUGAUCAUGAUGAAAUAUAAAACUUUCUUUCUUUCAGUGGGUAAUAAUAAUUGUCUCAAAUUGUUAUAAACAAAAACAGACACGUCAUAAAAAGGAGUACUCAGACUUAAAGUGAAAAUUUUCAUUUCCAUGGUACCUUAAUGGCUCAUAAAAAAUUAAAAUAAUCCCUCACCACUUUCAUGGGGGUAAGUCGGGGGGGGGGGGAGGAAGAGACGAGGUCUGGGAUCGAGAAACGAUGUUCUCACAACUUGCAAAGCGGUCACCCCGCGUGGUGGUCAGCGGAUAAUUACAGUAUCUUUCCCACAGUAAAUAUUUUUAGAAGAAACAAGCGAACCGGCAGAGGAAACCAGAAAUGCUCAAAAAGUUGAAAAAAAUCAUAUCAUACGUCUUUGUUUUUCUUGCACAUCGUAUUUGUCUUUCGGUACUGAAAUGCGGGGGAAACCAAAACGCAACCGUGUUAGAUCUUAACAACAACGCGCUCGAUAGAUUUAUAUAUAGGUUACAUCGUUUUUGCCGGGUAAGGAUAACUUGAUGCUGAUACAAAUUACUGGAGCAAGUGUCAAAUAUAUCGGAAGCAAGUAUAUUCAAGAGAGCUUUAUAAAUAUGAGCUUAGGGCCUGUUUACAUGGAGUGGGGGACCCCGAUCUAGUGGGGUUGGUUUCUUUUGUUUUCACGCUCUGGGGGACACCAAACAAAAGAAACCUACCCCACUAGACCGGGGUCCCCCACUCCAUGUAAACAGGGUCUUACCGCUCUACAUAUCAUAACUGAAUAAAAGUUAACACUUCAUCACAUUUCACUUCGUUUAUUUCGAUCAGUCAACACCUUGAAUCCAAAGUUAAAAUUCAAAACGAUCCUAAAACAAAUCACAACUACUACUGAAAGCUCGUACCUUGAAGCGACUUUAACUUUCCUAAGGUUUGCAACAAAACACUGCUCGAUAGCUCAACUCUUCAGCGGUUCUUAGCAGCUAUACGGAGCUGUGUUGCAUCUUCCAAACUCUGCAGAGGGAAAUUGUUUAACAGAAAAAGAAAACCACACACUAUGUCUGAAAAGUGACAUAAAAUCAAUAAGUUUGCGAAUUACCAAAAUAUAAUAGUGAGAAACAGUCCCGCCUUCGACCGCCAUGUUUUUUGGUUCUUCUCUAGACCGUUGAUCUAUGGUUUUUGACGUAAUGCGCAUGAUCAGUACACAAAUCCGCUGGCAAGACCCUGCUGAUCGCUUUGCAAGUUGUGAGAACAUCUUUUGGAUUUCAUUUAAGAGAAUGUAUGGGAAGUAGCUCCCCCCACCCCCUUCGGGGUAAGUGAAAGAACACUAGUAACACUAUGAAAUUGACUUAAAAUCACAUGACACUGAUCUAUAUGAGCAAAAACCACAUGAAUGAAAUCUAGACAGAGCUGUCAUUAAGAGCUGAGGGCCGGGGACUGGGCGGGCUAGUUGCAUAGGAAAAUAGAAGAAAAAUAGAACCAAAAGAAAUCCCUAGCUGUUUGAUUUACCCGGCAAUGUGAAAUCGUAGUGACAUCCCUACUGCCUACGUGUUAAGACAACACAUAAAUAUUGUGCAUUAAGUAGCCUCUAGCUUCAGUCAUGAUUAAAAAGACAUAUAAAACAUACCCUGUUAGGGGAAUCUCUAGACAUUGUUCGUUUAUAAUCCAAAUGACAAGAUCAGCUGCAAUAUUCUCCCUUUUCAAAUUUACUUUACUCAGCAUACACAUCAUCACGUACAUUUAACAUUUGGAUUUCAAUCUUUUUGUUGGAAAUAUUUUUAAAAUUGUAAUAAUUAUGAUAUUACAUGACAUAGUGGCCAGUUCUUUCCAAUUUCUGCUUAUUAAGGUUUACCAAGUACGGUGAGGGUAAAAGGCGGAACGAGUUUGCGGAAUGGCAUGUUGCAUGGUUUGCAGAAUGACAUAAUUAUGCGGAAUGUAAAAUAUGGAAAAAGGCGCAAAGAAAUAAAUUAAACUGAAAAACAUGCGAGCAACUUUGCUGCGCCUUUUUCUGGCGCCAAUUUGAGGGAGCAACAUUUUUGCUGGUCCAUUUGUAACUGCUGGCUUAAACCAACGAGGCAAAGCAGAAAGUAGCGAUAAGCUUGACUGCAUUCAUGUCUGUGUAAUAAUAUUUAAUACUUAAUUUAUUUUUGUUGCUUUCGACAAUACUUUCUCUCUCUCUGCCCACCAUUAUAAUAAAGUCAAAUGUCAAAACGCUAGAGGAAAAAAAACGCUUGUUGAACGUGAAGUCGGGUUAGCUACAAUUCUAGGGAUCAUCAAUUAAUACGGUGGACGGAUCAGAUCAUUUUUGAGACUAAAUGAACGCCCCGAGUCAAACGUAAUCCAGAAAUGGAGUGAAGCGAACUGCUCUCUGUCUCCUUUCGGCCUUUCCACGUGUCUUUGCACCUUCCUUGUUUGUGUGAGUGUGUGCGUUUGAUCGUGAAAAAAUGCUAAAGCUGUAGGAUGGGGAAAAAAAAAAAAAGGACACACACUCAAUUGCCAGGAUUCGGACUCGCCCUUCUCCGCCAGCUGUUAGCUUCGCGUGCCGGAAACUUAACCAAGCAGCUUAAGAAACAAAAUACAUGUGCAAUAUCUGUUUCAUUGCUGAAUAUUAUGUCACAAUCACGUAACCCACCGUUUGAAAAAGAAACACUUCUCACGCGGUUGCAAAUAAAAAUAUAGGUAAAAAGAAACUGUAAAGUUAAUUGUGCAAACAUUUUUGCAGAAAAAAUUAAAGUAGAAGGGAGCGUGACCUUCCAAAACACUUUUUCUUCAAUUAUGGCCGACUUUCGUGCUGUAGUAUCGGUGCUGCCAUGCAGCCCGACUAAUAAAGGCGAGAAGAAUCGUUGUGGCUAUGCGGAAAAGGCUAAUCGACAAUGAGCCUUUGUGGCUUAUUGAUUGUAGUCGUAUGUCAAUAUUAACGUUUGCGGAUUGAUUUUUCGCCAAAAAAGGCGCCCUUUACAGUUUAAUUUAUUUCUUUGGGUCAUUCCGCAAAUAUUACAUUCCACAUAAUUAUAUCAUUCCACAAGCCAUGCCGCAUGCCAUUCCGCAAACUCAUUCCGCCUUUUACCCUCACCGUACCAAGUAACAGAAAAGCAAUUUAGCACUCAAUUUUCGUGAAAAGACAAAGUAAAUAAAAAUCUUCGAAUAAUACAAUCAUUUACAUGUAUAUAUAUAAAAAAGCUAAAUGACUGUUUCUUUCAAAGUCGCCGAACAGCCUUGUGAACUGAAGGUCCACGCAUCAGCCUUAAAGUGCUAGUGCUCUGUUUUUUUGUUUGUUUGUUUGUUUUUUUACCUUAAUUGCAGCCAUGUACCAUACAAUUAUUAUGAAUCGAAGUUCAAAUACACAAAUCUUUAGGCUGUAUUUUAAUUUUGUAUGUAAAUUCAACUUUCAAGUCAUUAUAACUGGAAACUAUGCUUCUAACUUGUAGCAGACAUUGCAUGCAUGCAUAUAAGAAACUUAUCCUAUGUCUUCUCCUAUUUUAUUUAACAUUGGUAUUGACAAGUCUGCCAUAAUCUACAGCUCCAGAACAUACAAUUUUCAGAGUAUUCCCUUGACGAUUUGCAACAAACAGUACAGUUAUUUCUGCAGUAAACAAAUUAAGGAAUCAGUCAAUGGCAUAUCUGUGCAUUAAUAUAUAUCAGUGAAGUUUAAGCUUAAUUGCGCAUGGUUAUUAGAAAACAUACCUUUCUGCCAUAAUCCAGCUGGGUUAACGGACUUGGAAACAUACUCGCCGUUGAUCACCUUGUCUCGAAAAUAAAGUGGAUCUUACGAAACUACUCUGUCGCUUGUGAAGUCCGCGUGAUUUUGAACUAUUCAACGGAAAUUCAUUUCACACUUGUCUAUUGGUUCAAAAGCCGCUCGUGACAAAGUAAAUCAAAUCGCAAAUGUGCGAAAGUCACAUGGAAGCCUGGGAACAACAAACAUGGCGGCUAAUCGAGAACGUGCUUCGGUGUUUGGGUGAAAAGAGCGGUUAUUUUCAGCGUUGAUUCAAAUAUUCCAUCGUAUUUGAAGAGUUAAACGCAAGAGGUAAACUUAGCAUUGUUUUUUAAGUUGUGGAAGAAAAUGCCGGACUACAUUAUAAAUCAAAGUUGCGACGAAAACCGUGUUGUGGACGCUGUUCGUGUUGGACAAGCUCAAAGGUACGGAAAAUUGAUUGAACUAAAGACACCUUGAACACACCAAGACCACGCCAUUGCUUAGACAUGAAUCUAAGUACAACUCAGGCAUGAUAGAAUGAGAAGGACUUAAACCAUUUACGUAGCUUUUUUAUCAAUAUAAACACUCUGUACAUCUAACAAUAAUCAUGCAACGGUUUCGUCUGGUGUCAAAUUUAGGAACAAUUGUUUUCAUGUUCAAGUGUGAUGUUAUAAUGUUGAAGUUGCUACAUUGAUAAUUGGCUGUAGAACCAUAAUAUCAUUGUAUUUUACUAGACACCAUCAAGGCAAUUUUUAAGAUUAAAACUUCAAAGACAGUUUAAUUGAGCCCAGAGAGUUUUGUUAAGGUGAUCACUGGUCACUAUUACAGACACUGGUACUGACUUUAUUCUAGUCAAUGCCUGUAAUCAAGAGGCUUCGUUGGUCUGUAAAGCUCAUAUAUGACUGCUUUUGUAGAUUUUUUGUUAGUUAUAUGUGGGAACUGACAAUGUGUCAUUCUUUGUUAAAAAAAUAGCAGUUGUAUUAAACCAAUAAAGGCAAAGAGUGUCCUUCAUGGUACAACAUGGCCAAAGAUUCUGAGGUUUAAUGUUGCAGUCGCUUUAUGUUAUACAGUAUUUUUACACAUUUCGGGGUGUGAUUCUACCCAGGGAACUGAUUUCUUAGAAUUUUCAUGGCCCAUGAAAUCAAUUUAUAUGGUUUCAAGGUCCAACAUGGCACAUAUUUAAUGGUAUAUUCAUGACCCAUGAAAUCGAAAUUAUCAUUUCUCAUUUUUCGCGACCCCUGAAAUCUCUGAGUGUAAUUUUCAUGGCCCAUGGAAUCUAAAACACACCAACUUUUCAUGGCUCAUGAACCCUGGUGCCAGAUAUUUCAUGGCAAUUUCAUGAGCCAUGAAAACCAUUAUCAACUUUUCAGAGAAAAUUCAUGCCCUGAAAAAUGCUGUCCUGGGUUUUUAAAGACAUUUUCAUGGGAUUUUCAUAACAUUGCAGUUCACAGUGUAUAUAUCCGCAUGAAAAAAAGAACAAAAAUAUAGCUAAAUAAAUUUAAAAUGCCCAGAGUUUUACCAAAAUAGGUGGUAUAAAAAUAACAAAUAACCCAGCCAAACAAGACGUACCUAUAAAGCAAGACAUGUUUUCAAUGCUAGACAAUAUUUCCCAAUUACAUGCAUUAAUUUGCUUUGAUCGGGUUAUCAGUUGUGGAUUGUGACAUAUUUCCACGUUCACGGAGGUACAUAUACUUUCAUAUUCUUUAAUCAGCACCUACCGGCUGCUUGAAUGCGUAAGGCUAAGCUAGGCCUAGCGUCGAACUUUUCAUGAGACGAACUUAAUUCUAAUUUGGGCCGACCUAAAUUAGAUUAAGAUCAUCUGCUGGGUAAGACGUCGAACUUAGGACGCAUCGAAACAAACAACUGAAUCAGACCAAAAAGUAACUUUAUUAAAUUUUCUCUCCAACGAGCUGAGGCUAAAUAUACCUUAUCAAACAAUUUUUUAACCUUCGGAAGUACAAGGUGGGGGGGGGGGAUGCCCCCGCCCCCCCGAGGUUUUUCUGAGGUUUUCCCUAGAGGAUAAAACAUCAGUACCUGACGUUUUUACUAGCUGUUUUUUUCAUCCCUUGCGCACUUUUUGAGACAAGUUCAUUGAUGGCCAGUUGCUAUGAUUACGAGAUAUGACGUCAUAAGUAGCAGAUGGUCAAGCCAUUUUUGGGUUAAAAUACAUGUUUUUUUUUCAACUUAUAAAAGUAAAUCUUGUAGUUAAAAUCACGCAAAGUGUUUAUUUAUGUGUUAUUUUGCAUGUAAAGCCCAAAAAAUACUAUUUCUCGCAGUUUUAACCUGAUUUCUAAUUCUUGAUAACAUCCAAGAUGGCGGCCAAUAUGGCGACCAUUGUUGGUGAGGUCCCACGGCCUCCAGCAGCGCCACCAUCCAUAAAAUAUAACUCAUCUUGUUAAGAAGAUCAAAGGCUUUCCACUAAAUGUAACAUGUCAGAAACUCCGGGGAGGGGUUCCAUCCACCCCGGCCCCUUGUUCAACGGUGCAUGUAUGUCCGAGGGUUAUUUUAUCAGUUUAGUCCAACGCAUGUGAAGAUCGACAUUUGUCGUGUUGGACGAUCCCUACUAAUUCAGACGAACUUAACUGGGCCAGACCUCGAACUUUCAUGAACUUAACUCACUAAGUUCGGCAACUCUCAUGAAACGUUCGAUGUUUGGCCUAGUCCUAAGUCAAACGUUUUUCAGGUACAGCAUAGCUAUUUGCAAUUUGCCUGUCGUUUACAAUGUUUUGAGCUCGGGGCUAUGUUCCAUAAACAAGUAAAUAAGAUGAACUGGGUAUAGAAAAAUGAAACGUAAUAUUAUUGCCAGCUUAUCUUCUAAACAGAACAAUUGAACAUUAUCAUCAAUCCCCAGUCGAUGCAAGUUUCCUAUUUACACAUUUCUUUCUUUGUAGGCUCUUCGUCGCGAACGUGUUCUAAGGCAGGAAAUUGGGGAAAACCGAACUUUACAGGCUGCGCUUCUCCUGAGUUUCUCAAGCUCGCCAACAUGGUAUAUUGUUAUCUUAUUUGAGAACAGGAGACCUUUAAUAAUUAACAAUGAGAAUUAACAAUUAGUCGCCGAAGGAGAUGUGAAUAUCGGCGAAUAGUCACUGAGACGAAGUCGAGGUGACUAUUUGCCGAUAUUCACGUCGCCUGAGGCGACUAAUUGUUUUAGUAUAAUUACAUUCAUGAUUAUUAGAGAAAAUAAAAUUAUUGAUCAAUUUCCGACUCCGAAACAUAAUAAAUCUGGCUGCCAUUUUGAAAACUGCUAGCCUUCAAUGUUAUAAUCACCACGCGAUGAUUAUAGCGGGAUAAAGCAAAACUCCUAGCCAAUCAUAGCGCUCUAUUUUCGAUAAUCGUCAAUGUAAUUAUACUAAUAGAAAAGAAAGAAUUUUCCAUUUCAAAUUGAUAAAAGAAACAAGAACAAAAACAAAAGAAAAAAAAAGAACAGUUCUGAGUUUACAAGGAAAUAAGUACAGGUAAUACCGACGAGUCAAUCUUUGUCGGCCUGUUUAAUUUUGUCCUAAUAUGUUUUCGUUCGUGUCUCUGUAACACAGUGUUGUUAAUAAUGGUUAUUUGCGCUAUUUACAUUGAACCUUGGUUGUAGGCCAUUUGCACGAGGCAUUGCUUGCUUAGUGCAAAUUAGGGUUUUUGUUAUCAAAAACCUUGCUGGGAUUACCAAAUUACAAUGAGGAAAAAAAAAAGCGAGAUGAAUUCUGGUCUUACUGGUAAAAAGACGUCAUCGUACAAAUGGCCUAAAGUAUUAAAUUCACAAAUCUAGUGUUAGAUAUGGCACCAGUACAAUGGCUUAUAAGAGUUCGUCCACACGAAUCUUAAUUUUUUUGAAACCACAUUUUUUUCUCUUUUCUUUCCGUUUCUUUUCUUUAUUUCUUUAUUUCUUUCUUUAUUUAUCUUUCAUUUUACACGAGGACCUUCCGUCCACACAAAACUGAGUGAACCCACUUGUUGAAACUGCAUCUUUUUUAAUCGAAACUGUACUCUCCAGAAUGUUUUGUUUUGUUUUAUUUUAUUUUGUCUUUUGUUUCUUUUUUGGAUCCGUCAGAUUUGCAAAUUCGUGUAGGCGAUUACAACCGGAUAUUUCCAAAUUUAUUUAAUUAUGACGUUUUAUCCUGUCUUGGCUUGUAUGGACGAGGCCUUAAAAGCAAGACUUCUUUAACCUGAACUUAAUUCUAAACUGCCCUUUUCAUUUAGACGCACGCAAUUAUGGGUGGCCUUCAUUCAGACCUCAAUGUUGGACAAGUGCUUUCAAAACUCUUUAGUGUUACACAGCCAAGAAGUAACAGCGCUAGCUCCUCAAGACCGGCACAGAUCUAUGGGGGAGACUUGAUUAUAGCAACGGAUAUACUUUUUCAAAUAGCUGAAUAUAAUGAUAGAUUUGGUAACGUUAGUUCGAAAGAAGAUUUCCAAAACUACGUAAAAGUGGCCAGUAAUUUAUUGGAACCAGUAAACAGAAGAACUUGGAUAGAUCUUGAUAAAGUAAGUCUGUUGACCUGGCAUUAUGUUGCAUGGUAACAUUGCCAUUUCUUGUUUACAAGACUAGCUUCUUUAAGAUAUUUCUCUUCAGCUCAUGUCAAGACAUCAGAUAUCAAAACGUGACUGAAGAUUCGGAGAUGCAGCAGAAUUCUUAAACUGACAAGCUACUGCUCAUUACCUACAAAACGUCCCCUUACACGUGUCCUUAUAUCAUUGUGGCGCCUACACUUAUUUCCAAUAAACACUGCUUCUCUUCACCGAUCAGCUAGCGAGAUUUAGGUGCGUGUGUGCGCGCAAUUUGAAUAUUACAACCUGUGAUCAGAAGUUCCUUUGGAACAAAAAAGAAGAAGAAGAAGAAGACUGAACCACCUCACCACGACCUUGUAUUUUACUAUGCAUGUUAAGUUUUAUUUGCUCUUUAUAGUUGAUGUGUUUGUAAGUUAUGACCUAUUCCUCUCUCUUUACGUUCUUGGCUUACUAAUGUCUUGUGAGUAACUGUGCCCAUUUUUGUAGGUAGCUCUCUUUAAAACGUUUUACUAUAUAAAAGCGUAUGGGAUUAAAUAGAGCCGAAAUCACUUGUGGAACCUGCCGAUAGACAGUUAAGACAUUUAGAUAUUUGCCUCCCUCAUCUGCAGGAGCUCAAAUGAGGCGUGCACAGAUUCUUAAUGCAGGUGGGAGUGCAAAACUUGGUCGGUAAGCGACGAGGGAAGCGCCCUUUUGAGUUCUCGCGCUUGCGCUCAGUCGACAUCCAAUAACGCCCCAUCGAAGUUCUGCGGAAAAGUCUACAUAAUAAAUUGUAGAGCUCAAAAGGACGUCGGACACCUCUUAAACCCUUGUCCUUAAAGAAAACCUUAAUGUUAAAGUUUUAAGUUUUAAGGAAAAGAGAAGAAACACCAACUUAAAAGACAGCAAAGAACCUUGAACACUGUCAGAUACUCAUGGGCUCCUGACACGGUUUACUACAUUAAAUUUACUAAUAGCCACUGCGCUAAGGCGGUGCAGUCGGUGUCAACAGCCAUAUAAUCGGCACAAGUGCAGUGAUUUUUUUUAUAGUUUUUCUGAUUGUAAAACACAAUCGAAACUCUAAUUUAUAUCUUUUCCUAACAAAUGGGCUUCCGUUUUUAUUGACCUUAUCAUAUUCUUAUUGGGUUUCGAUUUCCAAAACAUUAAUUUUAAGGUAACCAUAACUAUCGCUAUACAUAGUUGCAAAACAUAAUCUCAGCUCUAUGUUUUGCGCUUUGUUUUCUUUGGUAGUUAUGAAUUUCCUACUUAUAACAAAUGGUACGUUGUCUAAAGCACAGGAGUGUUCUACCCCCUUUUGAGGUAUAGGACAAGAUUUUCACAGCAACAGCAAUUAUUAAACUCGUUUGAAUUCUCUACAGGCUGGUCAAAACAAGAGUCAAAUGAUGGUUAACACAAUGGAUGCAUAUGGACUGGGAGUCGCCGCCACACUUAACGCAUCGACGAAAAUGGUUUUUCAACCCAGAAAUUUGAUGAUGAGGAUUGAUUACGUUGAUCAAAAGAGCCCGGUACAAACAACUCAACUUGUACUCUAUCAGUACAAUGCUAUUAGAGCCCCUUCCAUGGGCCUAGUUGACAGGGCUGGGCCGGUAACCGGGACGAAGCAAUUUUUCCUUGGGCUCACAUGAGAAACUUCAGCCCGGUUUCUGAGACGAAAAAAAAGCCGAAGACCCUGGCGACGAGCUCUAGCACGAAAUUCGAGAAACAAAGCAAACAUGGCGAAACACAAAGUUAAAACGUUCGCGCCUAUCAUAGCUUUGGCAACUCUGAUCUUCUAGCUGUAUCACUGCAGUCAAAUGGGAUUCUUAUAAUGUUGAAAAUACAGCAGGCAAAGUAAGACGAUACCAUCCGGGCCGCUAAAUUCAUCCCGUCUUCAUCUAGAUUAGGCUGAAUUGUUCAUAUGGCAACCCACUUACCGAGGCCCCGGUUGGAAAAACCGAGAUCACGGUGACCGAGCCAGCCAGCCUUUUCCUAUGAGAUCCCGGAAACUGGGCCAACCCUGUCAACCCGGCGGGCUGAUGUGUGAAGAGGCCCUUAAUAAACUAGAAAUGCGUGUCUUGCAAACCCUGGCGAAACUCGGGGUGCCAUUCAAGUUAUAGCCUGUUCCAGGCGUUCAGAUAGUGGGGAGCGGUGCGAAGUAAAAAGGAGCGCGAAAAAGUAAAGCGAGGGAGGAGGAGAGGUGAGAGAAGGAACGCCUGUAAGAUUUGUUUUAAAUAGACUCUUCCGCCCACUCAGACCGCAUCAGCUAUAGAUGGUCUUCACUUGUCAAUCAUGACUGGUGUUACAACCCCAUACAUUUAUUAUUUUUCUUGCGAAUAAAUCAAAAUUUCUCAGAGCAAAAAUUAAUAUUAUGUGUACAUAAUCUUGCUAAAAACCUAAUGUAAGAAUUUCAGACAACAGAGAGCUGGAGAAGUGUUCAUGUACAAUGAAUUUUUUUACGGCUUUAAAACAUGAUUUCAGCGUGUAUGUGAAAAAAUUAUGAAUCAAGCGACAAACAAAUAUCGCUCAUUUCGAAAGAAAGCCGUUAACUCAAGCAAUGAAAAUGCACAACAAUUGAAGGGAAAAUUUACUAUUCGAUGAUUGAGUGGACGAUGAGUAGCGAUGAUUGCAACUAGCUUUCCAACCUUUCCUUCUUGAAGACAACCACGAUUUGGGGCUUCAGUAUACAAUUUCACAGCUUCCCCUUUUAACUCCGAUUAUCUUCAAAUGUUCCACUUGGUCUUUCAUGAUGGCAAUCAACAGAGUUACCACAACAGUCGUAAAUGGCAUUCUAUCCUGCCUUCAUUCCAACGCACGCUUUAUUGUAGGAAAAAGCCUGAAAAUAAGACUUUUUCCAAAACAUCUAUCCUCCCGACUAGGUGUUUUAAACAGUUCUUUGCUCUUCGCGUUUAGCCUCCACGUUUGGAAAGUCACUCAGCGCUGUGGUUGUUGCGAGUUCGAAUUCUGCGUGAUGGGACGUACAGUCUCUCAUCACUGCCAUAUCGCAUUUCUCUCUGUGAUCGAAGACGCUCCACUGUUGACAAAAACUGUCAAAAUCAACCAAUCAGAGGGUAUACCAGGAUCUGGUAUACCGGAACGCACUUUUGUUAAAAAUUCUUACAAGAAUUCCCGCACCUCUCUCCCCAAUCCCCCUCUACUUUUCAUCGCUUUCUUUACUUCGCAGCGCUCUCCACUAUCUGAACGCUUGGAACAGGCUAUUCAAGUUAAGGCCUGCCGGGAGGGGUAAUGGAAACUGGUUUAUGUUGAGAGACUAGCUAGAGACCUGUUUGGAAAGUCCCGGUAACUUUUCGGGCCAGGAAAACUAUUUUGUGUUGCUGUGUUUCAUUCAAGAUCAAAGUCUCAAUAAUUUUGAAAAUACUGCAAUGAAACUAUCAGUUAACGAAGCAAAACUGACAUUUUGUUUGUUUGGAACUGUGCUACUAUUCAACGGGUUUUGAUUUGAAAAAUUUGCCUUCGGGCCAGAAACGUUUCCGGGUCCUUCGAGGAACGGGCCCCAGCCGUGAAUAUCCUUCUAUUUUUUUUUUUUUUUACGUUUCAUUGCCUUAUUUGAAUCAUUAAUGGUCAGUUGCUAUGGUUACGAGAUAUGACGUCAUAAGUAUCAGGACUUCAAGCCAAUUUUUCGUGAAAAUACAUGUUUUUUCAUUUUUUUCAACAAUAAUGGUAAAUCUUGUGACUAAAAUCCUGCAAAGUGUUUGUUUAUGUGUUAUUUUUCAUGUAAAGCACAAAGAAUUACUAUUCCUCGCGGUUUUAACCUGAUUUCAAAUUCUUGGUAAAAUCCAAGAUGGCGGCCAAGAUGGCGACCCUUCCUCUAAAGGUAAAAUCGUUUCAAAAUACUGUAACAUAUCAAAAACUCCGGGGAGGGGUUACAUCCACCCCCCUCCCCCCUUGUACCACGCUGGGGGUAUGAAUUUGCGUGUACGUCCGAGGGUUAAUUUGAAGCUACAAUAGGUGAAUGCUGAUUAGUAGGUUCUUUACUCUCUAGAAUAGGUAUUCAUUCUUUUUGAUUGCGUCUGACAUGUACUUGUCAAAACCAAACAUAAAAUAGACGAAAUGUUGACAGACAUUUUAGAAUGGAGACAAACUUUGCCAAGGACAAGCUCGAAUAGAGCCAAAUUUAGUAGCUACAGGCCAAGGAAUUGACCUAUAAGAAUAACGGAGGGUUCUAAAAUUUCUUGAUAUUGCAGGGAACCCGCUUAAAUUAGAGCUUUGCUGUGUGUUUGAGUGUCUAUAAUGUGAGAGGUUACGCUCAUUUUCUCUCUUUCAGCUGCGCAAAGAUGGUUUGCAGGUUGCAUACAAUCAAAGCUCCAUCUUCUUACCUCCACAAGUUUUUCAUUCCUCUCAAGAUUCCAAAGUUGUUACCUUGGUUUAUUUGACAUUGGGCGGUGUGUUAUCACUCAAGAAAAAAACUGGUGGCAAGAUGUUUCCCAGAACUACCAUCGUUUCUUCUACAGUUGAGCCCAGGCCCCUGGACGACUUAAAGAACCCUGUUAAGAUUAUCCUUCAAAACAGAAAGGUAUAAAGACAGUUUUGGUCACAAAGUUUUAUUUAAAUACGGUCAUUUGGUCGUCGAUCGUUGACGGCUGCAUAGUACAUGUAUUUCCUGAAAAGGUCAUUUUUUAGCGUUGGUCCUAAUUCUUAAAGCCAGAUGCUGAAUAGUUGGCGUAGUUUGGGGUAUUCUGAUUGACAAAUGACACAUGCAUGUUGAUGUGCGCCAUACGCACCGGCGCUGGAAAUUUCAGGAACUCUGCUAUAUGGCUACAAGAUUUAGUGGUUGCUGCAGUGGAUUUUUGCAAUUUCCAAAAUAAAAUGAUCGGCACUGUUUCAGUCUCAAUUAUAUUUAAUUUCGACUGUCUUCAAAUGACUACAGAAAACAGGCCCCAGUUGUUCGAAGGCCGAUUAGCGCUAACCGAGGGUUAAAUUUUAACCUUGGUUUCUUUUUCUUUUGUUCAAAAGAGCUUUCCCGGAUAAUUUUCUUUAUUCUUUUAAGAGCAACAAAUCAUCAAUUUGUAGGCAAAAAGAAUAAAACUGAAUUUGCCUUUUAAGCUUUCAUAUCUGAAUUCAAAUUUCGUACUAACCCCGGUUAUCUUAACCCUGCUUUGAACAACCCGGCCCAGGAAAUUAAAGCGAAAGGGGGAAAGAAAGGCUUCAUUCAUAACCAUUCCACUUCCUUAUCUAAUGUUAGAACUGAGCCUGAGCGUUAUAAAUGAAGUACUUUCAGCAACAGCGUGGUUAACAUAUUUGAAGUUUAUCUGUGUCUCUUUUCAAGGUGCUUCCACGUGCCGUCACGUCAAAGGAGACGCAUUGUGUCUUUUGGCGCCCAAAAGAACCGCCUGCCAUGUGGAAAACCAGCGGCUGCCAACUUGUCCGCAGCCAGUCAAACGCCUCAAUCACAACAUGUGAAUGUGACCAUCUAACUGUCUUUGCAGCUCUUAUGGAUCCAUACGGUUUAAAUGUAGGUACUACAUAUUCGUGAUAGAAAGAACAGUCAAUUUGGAUUUUCUCUACUUGCUUUGAAUGCGGACGUUUCCUGGUUCUUUUUAAUUAUUACAUUUCACUUUUAAUUAGAUCGCGUAGAUUCCUACUGACACUGUUUACCUUCGCACGUGUCUUUUAAGGAGCUAUGCCAAGAUUUCUUGGCUUUAUUACGAAAAAAAAUGUUGAAAUCAAAGACAAUCAUUAAAUAAUUGUUUAGUUCUUAAACUUAUUCUACUGCUGAACUUCAAUAUAUAAGUAUAUGUUUUUGGCUUUCCAUGGCCAGGAUGGAGAACGACUGGUACGGUAACUUGACAUAAUUUGGCCGACGUUUUAGGUUAAACUCCAGUGUUUUCGAAAAAUAACCAAAAACUGAUUAAUGGCUUUCACUUCGACAGAAUCAUUAUUUGAUAUUCAAUCUUUUAGACUGUCCCAAGUAUGAGCAAAGAUGCCAGAGAAAACUUAGUUAUAAUCUCAGUGCAGCUUUGACAAUGAAUGUGGAACUCGCUAUGACUUAGGGCCUGUUUACAUGGAGGUGGGGAACCCCCGGUAGGUGAGGUAACCAGCUUAAGUGGGGUAACGAAAUAUUCCUCCAUUACUUGCAAUCUUUCGACCCCGCCAUCCCGGAGUGCACUUUCUCAAGGUUAUUGAAUGGUCGCUAAGUACGUAAACAAGAAAAGUGCCGGUAAACCACGUGCUAUGGCGAUUAAUGCUCGUCUACACUCACUUGCUGCUCUUGCUGCAACCUUCAGUGCUGUGGCUUUCUAUUGUUGCCUUUAAUAAUGAUGCAAAGCCACCGUCAAAGUGAUUCUUGUGCGAAUUUGAUGUACCCCACCUUGAACGUUUACAUGGCAAAAUUUGACCCCGGCUGAGAGGGUUACCUUGGCUGGUCACCUCCCCUUUCAUGUAAACGUGAUCAAAUUAAAAUGAGAGAUCAUAAUUAUGGACAGGCGGGUUACCCCACCUAAGCGGUUUACCUCACCUUCCUGGGAUCCCCCACCUCCACGUAAACAGGCCUUUAACCCUCUUUAUCCGCCACGUUCCAUUCCAGCUGUCUUAGUUUGAUUUUUGCCACGUUUCUCGCCUCUAAAAUACUCCCCAUUCUUAGCUUGAAUUGUUGCCUAAUUCAAAGACCGAAGAUGCUUUGUAUCUCGAUGAGUAAACUCCGUAUCAUAACUAACAUUUUAAUAUUCACUGCGUUAUUCUUUCUGCUACAUGCUGUAGAGAAGCCUACGUUUUUGUACGUUUUGUCUUUGACUAUCAAAACAUUGUAAUUAACGGAAAUAGCGUUUUCGGGUCAAGUAAGUAUACCGUGGUCGCUUCUAACCGACUCCCUUAUCUUUUUUUAAGACGACAUUACCUCACAAGCAAGCCUUGGAAAUCAUAUCGAUAAUUGGCUGUUCCAUCUCACUGUUUUCUGUUCUUCUUACCAUGGCUGUUACUUUGGUCUUCUGGAGGGAAAUUAAAGGUUCGAGAGUAAAAGUUUUGCUAAACUUAUGCGCUGCCAUUGCCUGUAGUUGUAUACUUGCUAUACUGGAAGGCUCAGCAAGAAACAAAGAGGUAUGUAAAAUUUUUCUAAUUAGAAGACAAUAUCGUGAUAGACUCCACACUAUAGGACACUUGCACUACGAUGAUGUCGUUUUUCUAAAACUUCCAAAAUUCUUCCGUUUGUUGUUGUCUUGUGUAAAUUAGAGGGCUAUUGAUUUUUUAAAGCUCAGUGAGAUUGACAAAUUUACUAAUAAGAAAGCAAAAACUGAAAUAAAUUCUGGUAGCUGAAGUCAAAUGUCCGACCUAUCGUGUCGCCACCAAGAGCGGGCUCUUGGUCGCCACUGAUAAAUUGCCUAUCUGAAUAAUUAUUCAAAGAAAUAUUCGAGUCAGCGAAGUAAGCCUCUGUCGGUCGUUCACGUAUCAGAAAAUAGUCUAUACGCCGCUUGCACAUCUCCCGUAAUGCAAGUUUCACCCCCCCCCCCCCUCCUUUCCACCACCACCCCUCGGAUUUUUGCAUAAGCAUUGUUUUCAAUUUGUUUUUGGGACGGCUGUGAUACCCAAAAUGCAAAAUUUGGGGGAGCAAAUAAGGUGCAUUGUGGAAGGUACAAGUGGCGUAUUAAAUAUAUAAGUUAAAAUGAUUUGUAGUCUUCUGUAUUAUCUUAACUUGUAGCCCGAGUGCACUGUGGUCGCUGCCCUACUGCACUAUUUUUUGCUCGCCCUAUUUUCAUGGAUGCUGUGUGAAGGCAUACUGCAUUACAUUGUUAUCGUACGAGUUCUUCAUGGACACGCUGAGGAUAAAGUCAAGUUCUUUUACUUGUUUGGAUGGGGUAGGUACACUCUCUAAGAUUUUCCUGUUGGAAGAAACGAGUAUAUAAUACUGUGUAAGGCAGUUAUUAUCCCUGUAAAACAGGACUAGACUGGACUCUUCGCGUUCAUUUGAAAUAUAUAAGUCUGUUAAAUAAAUAAAUAACAAAAUGAAAAAAGAUACCUGGCCUACCAGGAAGGAGAUUUUAGGUCAGUCCUGCUAAGGGAGGAAAAAUUACGACUACAAAACGCCGUUGUGACUAAAUUACCACGAGACUUAAGGUGGCUCCGUAAUUAAUACGAAAGCAUUUAGCUGUGACAAAUUUUCCGUCAUAACUUUUUCGUUUUUACGCGAUCCCUGCGAAACUUUGAAAAGAACAACAGAAGUCAUUUGGUAAUAAUGUGAAAUUUUCCGAUUUUAUUGAUGGUAAAUAUUUCUUGAGAAAUUAGCGCUUAAAAGUACCCUACUGUUCAAAGAAAAUCGCGUCAAGCAAAAAAUUUUCCUGAUAUUUUUAACUGAAAUUUCUGGUAUCGGCUUUUAUUGAUAUAAUAAAUAUGCCAAAGAAAUUUCAGAAAAAUCGUUGGAGCAGAAGUCCAUAACUAAAAGUCGCUCAAAAUUCAGCUGUAAAAUUGUUUUAGAUUUCAAAAAUAAAUUACUAUCAGGUAGAAGGAGCCACCAGUUCGAAUUUUCGGGACAAGUAAUUUCAAUGUUUGCCAAUUCUGAAAAAAAAAAAGCCGAUUGCCUAUCGUGCUAUUCUUUAAAAUAAACUUUUUAGUUUUAGAAGCACUAUGAAUUGCUCCAAACCUUGCUCUGAAGUCGAAUGACGUCUUCCUCGACAUUUUUAUAACAUCACAAGGCAGUUUUGGUUCAAACUACUGCUACAUACAUUUUGAUGUAUCGCAAUGCAUCCUCAACGGCUUAUCCUACUAUACGUUGCUUCCAAUUCAGGAAAAAGGUAUUCGGAUUGUAAGCUACCUUCUAUCGAAGCUCAGAUAGGACUGUCCAGCACUUUUGUUUAUGACCAGAAAAUGAGCACGAGCGGCAGCUCUGCGAGGAAUUCGCACCUCAGCCAGGGGGGACGAAUGGCAAUGAUGUCCAUGUCUGCGAACUGAACUCUGUAUGUAUUGCAGAGCAAAACAAAAUAAUCAAGAAAAAAAAACUACCCAUUCAUUGAAGGAAGGAGUGACAAAAAUUUCAGAGUUGUAAAUUUAUUGACGGGCAGUAUUUUUGCGAUAAUUUUAUUUUGCACUGUGGUAUGUAAUUCGGUUCACAGGCAUGGGCAUCAUUGUCGUUUGUCCCCCCUGGGUGAGGUGCGAAUUCUUUGCAGAACUGCCACUCUAGCUCAUUUUGUAGUCAUAAACAAAGGUGUUGGACAGUUCUAUCUGAGCUCUGAUAAGAGGUAGCGUCCAAUCUAGCUCAAUACCUCUUUCCUGAGUUGGAAGCAACAAAUGGCAGUAAAAGUCGAUGAAAAUGCAUUGCAGCACAUCAAAAUGUACGUAGCAGGAGUUUGAGCCAAAACUGCCAAGGGAUAUUUUAAAAAUGUCAAGAAACAAGUCAUUCUACUUCAGAGCAAAGGUUGGAGCAAUUUAUAGUGCUUCUAAAACUAAAAAGUACCCUUUAAAGAGUAGCACAUCUUUUCGUCAUCGUUUUUCAGCAAAAGAAAAAUAAAAACGCUGCUAAGUAAGGAAAAUCUUGCGAAUGUUGAGAAUACAAAGUUCUUCACGUUCCCUCAAUUUGAUUUAGUGUAAACGUGGUCACGUGCACCUUUUGAUCGAUACUGUCGGCUAUAAAGCGUUUUCCCUCACAUGGUCAGUAUCUAUGUAAAUUUAUUGGAACAAAAGAAAGCGUUUGCACAAGAAAAGAGUUCAACUCCUACAGGAUUGGUUUGAGACACCAACAAGGUCGCCGUUUCAUUGUUUUGGGACACCAAUAUGACCGCCGUGACGUCACGUGAAAACACUCUAUAUCACAUAAACCUGACGAAGAAUCUAGUCUAAAUUCCAUCACUUCAGGGUUUCUUGUAAGAAAGUUUAGUAGGUAACAUGAUUGUUGCGUCUUUUCUGCGUCUAUACAUGAAAAUAUAAACAAAAACAAAAACAAAUAAAUAAAUAAAUAAAUAACGAAAACAGCCGAAAAAAGGCACCAAUAAAAGAACGAAGAAAACAAACCAAGGGGAAAAAACACACACACACACAGAAUAGCGGCAUGAUGCUGUUAAGAUGUUAUUAUGCGUGUCAUGUUGGUGUCUAAUUACCGUAAAAUUCCAAUAAUAAGUCCGGAGGGUUAUAUUUUUCAGAGGCCCAUUUUGAGGGGUUUAUAUUCGGAGCGGCUUAUGUAGGGAGGGAAAUUCGCGUUUCCAAAUCGAUUGGACUAGCCUCAUACUUGAAAGGAAGUUUACCAUUUUUCUUUGUUUUACUUUGUAUUUAAAGGCAAUUUCCAAACUUCCAAGUACAAUCCCACCCCUUGGAGGGGCGAUUUAACGUUAAGAGUUUGAGAGGCUUAUACAUGGAGGGGCUAAUUUUCCAAAUUUUACGGCAUGUUUUCAAAUUUCUAGGUUUUCCAGCCAUAAUGGUUAUAAUUUCGCUGUCUGUCACCCAGCUGAAAAGAUAUGGUCACAAAGAAGCUUGCUGGUUAAAUGCUGAUGAGGGAUUGAUUUGGGCCUUUAUUGUCCCAGCUCUAGGUGUUAUUCUGGUCAGUAAAAAAAAACACAUUUAACGUGUCUAGUCUUAUCAUGCCUAACCCAGGCGCGGAUCUAGGAUAAGUACUGACUGAUUUCCUGAACGAGCACCGAACUCGCAAGCUUAUCCGGGGGUAGGCUCCCCAAGGAAAUGUUUUGGAUUUUUUAAAAAUCCUUUAAGUCCCCUUUCCUGGGUUUCCGAUUCAUUCAGACGGGAUAUUGGCCAGAUUUCAACUUGGAAAGUGUUUUUUUAUUUUUGUUAUAAAAAAUAUAUUUCUUUUGAAAAAUCUGACCGAUUUCCUGUGGAAACCCGUGUGGAUCCGCGCCUGUACCCUUAUGGUAGAUUAAGCCUUUUCAACCAUUUGAACCGACUGUUGUUUGAAGAUGAAAAAUAUUCUAUCUGCGCAAGUGUGUUUUGAAGUCUCCCUUCCUCAACGCACUAUCAAUAAGCAAAUCGUUGUUUAAGUUGGAGGCAGUCAGCUACUGAAGCUACACCUAAUUUCCCUUCUAUUUCUCCUUUGAAAUAUUUCAGAAAAGCCUAGAUUAUAAAGAUUAUAAAGUUAUCUGUCAUAGGCUCUUCAAGAUAAUAAAUAUUUUGGCCCUGCCGGAACCAACUGAUGCCGGGUCAUUCUAAAGGCUUACAAACCAAAAAAUUCAGUGAGAUGUACGGGAAUAGACAUUGCAAAACUGGAGAAAACAUGGAAUUCAUUCCGAAGGUCUAAAACUUGUUAUUGACUAGUCGAAAUGUCAAUGAAAAUAGUUUGUGUUGGUAAAACAUGUCUUCCAAUAAAUUGCAUUCCGUAAAUAAUGGUAAAGUUUUGUUGCUGAAAGUACAUUUAGGAUGAUUAAAACAGUUUCCGGUCGCCUGUUGCUUCGUCGGGAUGGCAACAGCCUUAGAAAACAGCCUACAUUUCGAGACGCCACCACUGGUUUCCCUGCGAAAUGACGUAGAGACGAGUGCAGAAAUUCCAUACUGAUGACAUGACGCGUCACUUCCCAGAUCUGGUUAGUACUUCUGAUUGGUCGUGCCGCGUGGAAAAUUUUCUUCGGCUAGCCAUAUGCACUUACCAGAUCUGGGCAGUGACGCUUCAUCAGUAUGGAAUUUCUGUGCUCGUUUCUCAGACGUCAGUUCGCGGGGAAACCAGUGGUGGCGUCGCGAAAUGUUAGUUGUUUUGUCAGGUUGGGAUGGCAAUCAAACUUAAAGAUUUUGAAAAAAUCACUAAAAAUAUAUUAUGGUUAGUGAUCCCCGAUCGGAUUAAAUUUGUCUGAUGUCUUCUUCAUAACUCUACAGUAGCAUCUUGUGUAUGAUGGAAACGCCAUUAAGUAAUGCCAAGUAAAACAUGGACCUGAAACAAAAUGCUCGCGACAUUUUCCGCCUUGAAGCUCAAAGAGUAACGUGGUUUCGAGGUUACUUGCCAAAAUUUUUGCAACUUUUACAGGUUGAUAUGGUAGUAUUUAUUUUGGUUAUGCGCCAAAUGAUGGGGGAAAAAUUCAUGCAAUUUCUGUAACUUUUACAGGUUAAUAUCGUGGUUUUCAUUUUGGUUAUGCGCCAAAUGAUGGGAACAAAAUAUAUGCAGAACAAGACACAGGUCGAAAAAGUGAGAACUGGAGUCAAGGCCUCUGGGGUCAUUCUUCCAUUGCUUGGAAUCACUUGGCUGUUUGGGUUAUUGAGUUUCAAUUCGGACACCAUUCUCUUCAAAUAUAUAUUCACCAUAUUCAACUCUCUUCAGGGCUUGAUGAUCUUCAUAUUUCAUUGCGUUCUUAACAAACAGGUAACACAAGGGUUUGUUUUCUUGUUUGCAUUUAUUUAUGUCUUAUUUACAGUUUUUGUUUUGUUUUGUUUUGUUGUUUUUCAGUCUUGGCAUUUUUUUUGCUAAAUUUAGCCAGAUUAAUUAACACUUUUUGUUGCGAUAAUAAACGUGACACGAACUUAAGUCCAGUUUAUUCUGAUUUCCCUCUCGGGAUCAUUUGCAGUCGACUAUGGGGAUCACUUGUGGUCGAGGAUAAUUUGCGGUCCAUUUCUUGACGUUAGGGAUGUCAUCGUUCUCGUUGCUUAAGCUCGCUAAUAUCUCAUUUCAAUCAACCGGUGCUUGCGCAUAUUGUCCGUGUUCCCCUUCAGUAGGUAAUAAAUAACUGACUUAGACUUAACUAAAUUUUAUCACUUGACCUCAACAGAUAAAAGACGCAUUUAAAAAGCGAAGAAGAAGAUGGGUCUCUACACGUCAUGACAAGAGGACAUCCCUGAACCUAAAAAAUAAAUUUGAGGCAGGAAAAGGUGAAUUUGGCACUGAAUGUUUUUCUCUCAUUAUUGUUGUUAUUUUUGGCCAUGCGCACGACGUUGGUGACCACCUUUUUGUAAAAAAAAAAAAAAAAACAAACAAACAAAAAAUAUAUAUAUAUAUAUAUAUAUAUAUAUAAUAUAAAAUACUUCAUCUGCUAUAAGAGUGCUCAAUGGUAACACCAGAGCUGUAAAUAGAUAAAAGAUGAACUUCUGGAGUCGGACUAGUCCGAGUAGCGAUUAAAUGUUUUUGAACUAGUCCGACUCCAGAAGUUCAUCUUUUAUAUAUAUAUAUAUAUAUAUAUAUAUAUAUAUAUAUAUAAAUUGCCUGAUAAGUGUGGUCCUUGCACCAUGCGAAACAGUUCUGUAGCAAUAAAACGAUGAUUACUCUAGAAACCUGAACUUCUGUGAAGUUAUAUAACAAAUAAAAAAAACGCAUGUAAACAGGCCCUAACUUUUACAGUUCCUCUAACUCGUACGUAGAAACUUGAUUUUCUGCACGAUUCCUCUGCAAUUAAUGUGCAUUAAAGCUAGUACAUACUUUCUGCAUGAAGCUUUAAGUUAAUGACAGUUAACUGUUUAUUGUAUUACAUUUUAUCGAUUUACUUGCUCUUAACUUUAGCAGCGAAAGACCUGUCAAAUCCGAUCAAGGAUGGUGUCGAUGAGCUGCCAGAGAUACGAGGAAUUCAUUCUGACACCAUGAAGUUCAGCACUUUCAUAAGUCAAGAUGAUGUGGGCAGCGGUGUUGUCCAGGAUCUACCUUUGGAAGGCAACAUCAAUUUAACGCUGAAUUCAGAUGAUUAAUUUCAAAUUUAUGCUAGCAACCAUCGAAUUUUGGUUUUUCGUAUACACAUUUGAUUUACUUUCUGAAACAGAAAUUAAGUUUCAUUUUUAGGUUAUAUGAAGUGCAUGCUGGAUUGAUGGAGUUUUGUAAUAAGCCCUUUUAAUUUUGAUAGAAUUUCGAGUUAAAGUUAAACUGCAUGAAGGUUAUUUAAUAUUUUCAAGAUGUCUUAGAAACAGCCUCUCUUGCACAGGUGCACAUCCGAUGGCUUUUAGGCAUCCUAAUACACAAAGUGCCAACCUUGAUUGAUUGACAUCCUGCAAUGGUUGUUUUCCGAAUAAUUUUAGCGUUAAGAUUUUUGAAGGGCCUGCCUGUGGGCAGAACACACGCAUUGAGCUGAGUUUGAGGCAUAGUCGAACAGCACCUGUCGUGUAGAAAACUUAGACCUGAAAGUUAUAAGUUA